UGUUCUAUGAGAAUCAGUCUGUGGACUGUGCAUCGACAGACGGGGUGAGUUCCCAGCGAACAGCUACAAGUGGAUCCGUGCGAGAUCUGUAAAGCCGGUUGUUCCUGCUUUCCCCAACUAUGAGUGCGUGGAACACGUUUCUUUAUUCGGUUCCAUUGCUGAUGAUUCUGUUAGUACGCUAUUGCCAGUUAGUCUGUGUAGAAGUUCCUUCAGAUACUGAAGCCCUACAUGGAACCAAUAUGAAACUCACUUGCAUUUCCUGUGUGAAGAGAGAAGAAGUGAAUACGGACACCAUGGUUGAAUGGACCUACGUCAACAGUGAUGGAGAAGAGAUCUCAAUUUAUGAGUACAACGGAGAGCCACGAGAGCUAAAAGGACCUUAUCAGGGCAGAAUUCUGUGGAAUGGAAGUAAAGAUCUGCAAGAUGUAUCCAUAACCAUAGUGAAUGUUACACUUAACGACAGCGGUUUGUACCGGUGCACGAUCAAACGGUAUUUUAAUUAUGAGAUACACAGACCUUCUGUGACAGAUGUGAAAGAGGUUCAGCUAACAGUACAUGAAGACGCCCUUGAAGAUUUUACUUCAUACAUUUCAGAAAUUAUGAUGUAUCUUCUCCUUGUUUUCCUCACUUUAUGGCUUGUUAUAGAGAUGAUAUAUUGCUAUAGGAAGAUAUUGAAAUCAGAACAAGCUGCACAAGAAAAUGCAGCAGACUAUCUGGCGAUACCCUCUGGAAACAAAGAGAACCACUCAACUGUUCCUGUGGAGGAAUAGAAACAUUUGCUUUGGAUAGUGGAUUGAUUGGUCAUUGACUGCCAUCUCCAGGAAGAUCAGCCACUAGCAAUGCAAUGGACUGAAAACAAAAGAGCAAACAUUUGGACUCCCUUGGAUUGAACUCAAUGCCACAUUCAUUACUAACAACCUAUAGGCAAGUGUUUAAAAGGAAUCAAACUCUCCCUUUUACAGCACAUUUUACAAGGGGUUCUUUACAUCCAUUUGGAAUCUUUUAAAUUUUAUUUAGAUGACCUUCAUAUUUAAUGGUUGAAGUAUUUUGCCAAAUUUACUAUUUGUAUGGAUUUGAAUCCCAGUUGACAAGUUUGCAAAUGGAGUGCAGGCUAACUGACAGUCUAUUUGCUUUCCUUGUAAACAGGUUUGAAUCAUUAAUGUACAGAAUCUACUAAUGACAUCCCAUAGUUUUAUUAUUAUUCUCAGUUCAUGGUUAUUAGCUAUUGAAGGAUAAACUUAGUUUUGCUAUAAAAGGAUAAAACUUGACUUCAUCACAGGAUCUGUUGUGCAAAACUUUUAGUAUUUGCUUAUAUGUAAAGGGAGUAUUUAAGGACUGUAAUAUUUCAAACAUUACGCAAAUAUUGAAGGAAGAAGGGGUUUCCAUUCCUGGUGAAAAGUGUAAUGUUCAUUUCUCUUCUAACCCCUUUGUAAGUUUGACCACUAUUUCACAGUCUUCACUACUACUUUUUGUAGAAAAGUGCUAAAAUUUACUUAAAGCUUCAUAAUAAUUAGUCUAUAGUGUCUUAUACAGUGUUUGGAUAAAUUAAUAUGAGUGUUACUUGUAUGUAUCAUGUUUAAAAUGCACACAUAGAAAUCACACUGCCAAGUGUGGCUUUUGCAUGAUCGGUUCUAUUCUGUGGGCUGGUACAUCCAAUUGCCGCAUUUCCUUAAAUAGGGCUUUAUUGAAAAAUAUUUUCUGAUGUGUAUCUUGAAAAUUAACAUUCAUGAGAUUAGUGAUGGAAUCAUAACAUACUUACACAACAACCCUCUAGUAAGAAACAGUAAAAACAGAAGAAAGUAAAGGGUGCAGGAAUUAUAUUUAGGAAUUCAGGAAUUAUAUUCUCUCUUAAAUCAUUGCUACAAACCUGAAAAGAACAAUUUUCCUUCAAUUAGUUGCCAAUCAAAAAUCUGUGCUUACUGAGGCAAUUCAUCUCUUCCAACACACUGAAUUUAGUGCAUUCAAUUAUUAAGUACAUCAUGCAUAUUUAGUUUAUUGUUUGAA